UACAUUUUGCUCAGUUCAUAACCAAAAACAAGUGAAACCGGACAUUAUUCUUGCUGUUUCAACAUGGCUCGCGACGAGUUUUCCAACUGCGAAUCGGACAUCCGGUUGGACGGAAAAGUGGCUCUCGUGACAGGGGCAACGUCCGGCACUGGGCUGGAGGUAGCCAAGAACUUGGCCAAACGAGGGGCCAAGGUCAUCAUAGCCAGCCGAAACCCUGCCAAGUUGGCAGACGCGAGGAAUAUAAUUACAAACGCGGCAAAACACAACAACGUUGUCGCUAGAACCUUGGAUUUUGAGUCACUGACGUCUGUGAGGACAUUCGUACAUGAGACAAUAAUGCAAGAGCCCAAGUUGGACAUGUUAAUUAACAACAUUGGUGCCAUUGGUCUGGAAGAUAAACUGACAGAAGACGGCCUUCAGACUAUGAUGCAAGUUAACUAUUUUGGUUCGUUUCUGUUGACAUUUCUGUUAUUCCCACUUUUGAAGGCGUCUGCACCGAGUAGAGUGGUCAACGUAUCCUCUCUUGCAUUGGUUCUUGGUUUUAUAGACUUCGAACACAUGAAUGAUGUCGGCAGAUACACCAAUUUUCAAUAUUAUUGCAACGCUAAGCUAGGAAACAUACUCUCUACCGUGGAAAUGAAUAAGAGGGUCAAAGGCCAAGGCGUGAAUGUGUACAGUAUGGAUCCAGGACUGGGAAAGUCGGAAUUCUUCAGACAUUUGGACAAUGAGGCUUUGAAGACGUUGUUGAAUGCUGGCUUGCAGCUGAUUGGUCGGCCAUUGGACAGGGUGGCCACAAUGCCAGUGUAUUUGGGGAUAGAUCCGAGGGUCGAAAACUACAGUGGAAAGCACUUUAGAGACUGUAUGAUGUUCUACAGUAGUUGGUUUGCGAAUGAUACGGUAUUGGCAAGGAAUUUAUGGGAUGAAACGAAGCGCCUGGUCGGAAUAACGGAAGAAGAAGAUUGGGAGAGACAAUAG